UGAAUUAAAUAUGUGAUAUGGGAUUUCCGUACUAAUAAUCAGUAAACCGGAUUUCCCAGAUACAAACUUUACGAUGACGUACAAAACCCGGUAUGGAGGAGAAGGUAACAGUCGCAGUCCCCUAUAAAUACCACUGCGGAUUACAUUAAGACAACAGAAACAUCGCAGACAAAAGCCCAAUAAGAAACAAAAAAUAACUCAUGCAACAACGCCGCUACCACUUCGUCUUAGUCCAUGGCUCGUGCCAUGGAGCCUGGUGCUGGUUCAAGGUCCUAGCCGAGCUCCGACUCGCCGGCCACCGUGUAACAGCCGUGGACCUCGGUGGCUCCGGCGUCGACCCGAGGCGGCUCGAAGAUGUCCGCUCCAUCUCCGACUAUCUGAAGCCGUUGAUAGAGUUCAUGUCGUCUCUUGCCGAUAAUGAGCGGGUGAUUCUCGUGGGUCACAGCUUCGGUGGCAUUAGCAUUUCCGUCGCCAUGGAGAGGUUCCCGACAAAAAUCUCUGCCGGCGUCUUCAUCUCCGCAUACAUGCCUCACCACGAGUCUCCACCUGCAGUUCUUAUACAAGAGUAUUUCAAGAAACUGCCCGAUGGAUUCGCCAUGGACUGCGAGUUCGCCUUUGAGGACGGACCAGACAAGCUCCCGAGCUCUGUCUUGUUCGGUCCCGGUUUCUUGAAGGAGAAGGCAUAUAGGAACUGCCAGUUAGAGGACGUAGAAUUGGCCAUGGCGUUGAUGAGGCCGAGCCGGCUGUACGGAACGGAGCUGGGCGCCCAAAAUCUGCUGACGAAAGAGAGGUACGGAUCGGUUAAGAGAGUGUACGUCAUCAGCGAAGGCGAUGACGUAAUGCCUGAUGAGUUUCAGAGGAGCAUGAUCAACAACUACGAACCUGACCAAGUCAACGUGAUGACGGAAGCUGGUCACAUGGCUAUGGUCACCAAACCCAAACAGCUAUCCCAUCUGUUAUACGAAAUAGCCGUCAAAUACAACUGAAGUACACAGUAUAAGUAUUCAGAAUCACGAUGACAGGCUUAAGUACUGUCCUAACCUAGAUGGUCUCCAUAACGUUUAUCUACCAUUCACUGUGUCUAUAAUAUGAAAGUGUGAAACGAUUGGAUAUGGUUACAAAUACUAGCAAAGCUUCAUAUUCGGUGCAUCUUCAUCAAGAUUCAUCUAAUAAGAUAAUCACAGAUUCCUUGAUUUCCCCACACAUUUCGCCCAUGUCUGUGGAUAUCUAAAAGCAUCUUCCAAAAGAAUAAAAUCACACGCUAUUCCUCCAUAAUUUGUGUCAUUGAAGGGAUGCAAACACCCGAAAGGUAUAAAUAGACAACUAUCCCAAAGUGCUUAAGUGAUCGGAAAAAUAUGAACGUUAUCAGAUUUUCGAGAGAGCAUUUGGAAUGUGGUAUUGUAUUUCUGGCAUCUAGUAGUCGGAUUCCUAAGUAUCGACAGAAAACCAACGGAGAACAACAACGUGAUUCCAAUCGAGAUUUAUAGUUGAUCCUAACAAGUACGUGUUUCGAAUCCCGUAUUCCAAAUUUACUUACAGUCAUGCUUUCCAUUUUCAUCUUACUCUAUUUGGCUGGUGCAGCUUUAAGCAAUUUCUUAACAGAGAAUCUUAUUCCUUCCAUCAUGAGGCAAGAACAAAGUGCUCUCUGAUCGUCGCUGCACCGGCCAAUAAAACACAGUAUCUCUGCACACACGAGUGAGAGAAUUUUCAUCUGAGUUUUCCACAUGUGUCUGAACACCCACAAAAGUUUCAUGGAAAAAGACACGAAAUUC